UGGACGUCACUGAGCUCCACUCGGAGGGGGCGCGCUGCAUGUUUCUCCUCUGCCUGAUCCUGGUCUCCAGGAAGCGGAUGUGUGAGCACCGAAAUCUCUGAGGCUGUAAGAGACCCCAUCCAAGUCAUAACCGGGAGAGAGCCGGUACCCGCCUCGGUCUCUAUGUUAGGAUGCAACAUGGCAGCAGCUAUGGAGACUGAGCAGGUCGGAGUAGAGUUAUUCGAGUCUGCGACUGGCAGUAGGAAUGCAGAACCCGACGGAGCAGACGCUGCGCCAGAGCCUUUUUAUGUGGAACGUCACUCAUGGAGUCAGAUGCGAAAACUGCUGGCGGACACCAGGAAGUAUCAUGGCUUCAUGAUGGCCAAGGCACCGCAUAGCUUCACGUUUGUUAAGAGGAAUGACCCCGAGAGCCCGCACUCCGAUCGCAUGUACUACUUGGCAAUGUCCGGAGAGAACCGGGAGAACACCUUGUUCUACUCAGAGAUCCCAAAGAACAUCAACAGGGGGGCAGUACUUAUGUUGUCUUGGAAACCACUUCUGGAUACAUUUCAGGCAACGCCAGAUUAUGGAAUGUACUCUCGUGAGGAAGAGCUUCUUCGGGAAAGGAAACGCAUUGGAACUGUGGGAAUCUCUGCCUUUGACUACCAUGCAGAGAGUGGCACCUUCCUCUUCCAGGCUGGGAGCGCCAUCUACACUGUGCGGGAUGGCGGCACCCGCGGGUUUACGAAGCAACCACUGCAGCCUCGCUUAUUGGAGAGCAGUUGUCCCAACAUCCGCAUGGAUCCCUCCCUUUGUCCUGGAGAUCCGACCUGGAUUGCCUUUGUACACAGUAACGACCUAUGGAUUUCUAACAUUGAGCGUGGGGAGGAACGCAGGCUGACCUUCGUGCACAAGGACUCAGCCGGGGUCGAGGAGGACGCACGCUCUGCGGGAGUCGCGACGUUCGUGUUGCAGGAGGAGUUCGAUCGUUACACCGGGUAUUGGUGGUGCCCCCGUAAUGAGAAAACUGCCUCUGGUGGUCAGAUUUUGCGCAUCCUGUACGAGGAGAAUGACGAGUCUGAGGUCGAGAUCAUCCAUGUAACAUCCCCAAUGCUGGAGACACGCAGGACUGACUCCUUCCGUUACCCCAAAGCGGGUACUGCAAACCCUAAAGUGACAUUUAAACUUUCUGAAAUUACUGUGGAUGCUGAGGGAAGGGUAUUGGAUGUCAAGGACAAAGAACUCCGGCAGCCGUUUGAAGUGCUAUUUGGAAGCACUGAAUAUAUUGUGAGAGCUGGAUGGACACCCGAUGGGAAUUAUGUUUGGGCCAUUUUGCUUGAUCGCCCACAAACGCGUCUGCAGAUUGUUCUCAUCCCUCCUGCGCUAUUCAUCAGUCCCUAUGAAGCUUCUCCUGAUAACCCACUUCUGUUUGACUCCUUGGCAGACUGCGCGACACCGCUUGUUAUAUACGAAGAGACGACAGACAUUUGGAUAAAUAUUCAUGAUAUCCUGCACUUCUUUCCCCAAACUCGGGAAGAUGAGAUACAAUUCCUCUUUGCCUCUGAGUGCAAGACUGGUUUCCGGCACCUUUACAGGAUUACCAGCGUGUUGAGAACUGGUGGCACGGGGAAGGGGGGAGCUGACCUGCUGGGACAUGGUGACUUUCGUUGUCCCAUAAAAGAUGAGGUGGCAGUCACCAGCGGAGAAUGGGAAGUUCUUGGCCGGCAUGGAUCUAAUAUCCGAGUGGAUGAAGUUAAUAAGUUGGUGUUUUUUGAGGCCACAAAAGACACCCCUCUGGAGCAUCACUUGUAUGUCGCCAACUAUGAGACCCCUGGAGAGGUGACCAGGCUCACAGACCUGGGAUACUCUCAUUCCUGUUGUGUCAGCCAGCAUUGUGACAUGUUCAUCAGCAGGUAUAGCAGUCAGACUCUUCCCCACUCUGUGCAUCUUUUCCGUCUCACAGGCUCUGGGUCAGACCUGACACAGAGAGGCAAAGAAUUUUGGGCCACGCUUUUGGAAUCACCAGGUGCACUUCCAGGUUACAUUGCCCCGGAGAUAUUCUCAUUCCCUAGUCGCACAGGCUACACCCUGUAUGGGAUGAUGUACAAACCUCAUCAGUUGCAACCUGGCAAAAAAUACCCUACUGUGCUCUUUAUUUAUGGGGGCCCACAGGUGCAGCUAGUUAACAAUCGCUUUAAAGGAAUGAAGUACUUCCGACUGAACACACUAGCAUCGCUUGGAUAUGUAGUAGUUGUCAUUGACAACAGGGGCUCUUGUCAUCGUGGGCUGAAGUUUGAAGGAGCUUUCAAAUACAAGAUGGGUCAAGUGGAGAUAGAUGAUCAAGUGGAGGGACUGCAAUAUUUGGCUACUAAAUACAGUUUUAUAGAUCUGGAUCGAGUGGGUGUCCAUGGAUGGUCUUAUGGAGGUUACCUGUCCCUCAUGGCUUUAGCACAGAGACCCGAUGUAUUCAGGGUUGCAAUAGCUGGAGCGCCUGUGACUCUGUGGAUCUUUUAUGAUACGGGGUACACUGAGCGGUACAUGGGACAUCCAGACCAGAAUGAGCAUGGCUACUACUUGGGCUCUGUGGCAAUGCAGGCUGAGAAGUUCCCUUCUGAGCCCAACAGAUUGCUUCUCUUACAUGGGUUCCUGGAUGAGAACGUACAUUUUGCUCACACAAGCAUCCUGCUAAGCUUUCUGGUACGCAGUGGGAAGCCGUACGACCUUCAGAUAUAUCCUCAGGAACGGCACAGCAUCCGGGUCCCUGAAUCAGGAGAACACUAUGAACUGCAUCUCCUGUACUACCUGCAGGAAAACCUGGGCUCCCGGAUAGCAGUCACUAAAGCCUUGUGAGCUAAGGGUUAGCGGCAGUUAGGAUGGAUGAGAGUUGAAGCCUCCUUGUUGCCUGCAGUUUUGAACACCUGCUGAUUUCACGUACAUCGUCUGUUCCCUGGUCCGCCAUCGGAGGAGAAGUAACCAGGCCUGUAAUACAUUCAUACAGUACUACAUAGAUAUUCCAACGGUCUUUCCUUGGCCAUCAGAAUUAAUGUGUUUGUAUCACAGCACUAUAUCACAGGAGAAUUAAAUGCUUCGGUACCUUACCACUUUGAUGGGAGGUAUCUCGUGAACAGUCAGAUCUUCUUUGGCCAGUGACUUUCAUAUAAACUUCAUACUACAAGUUAAAAUAACAUUAGAAAUCUGUAUACCUUAGAGAAAUGAAAAGAAGAUUUGAGAAGCCUUUUCACCUCUCUGUUGAAUAUUCAGUAUAAACGCACACACACACCCUUAUUGCAAUGCAGCUGAAACCUCAUCAUCUUACAGAGUUUGGAGUGCCUUCCGGAUUCACCUCUAUGUUCUGACUUCUUGACUCCUAGCAUAUUGGGUACCAGUGCUUGAACUACUGAAGUGUCAGAUGGCUCCGCUCUCCUUCCCCUUGAUUUUCGCACAUCCUUAAGCUCCACAGGGUGCCUUGCUUUUUGGGGAAAGCAUUUAAACUCGUGUGUGCAAAGCAGCUUUCAGAAAGGUGUUGCUCUUUGCGGACACAUAUGUAUUGCUGUUGUCUGACAGAAGUUCAGUCCAAGAUGAAACUUGCACCCCUAAUGCGCAUCAGCCUUCUCCUCUUCAAAACAGUGUUUGCCCCUCAUCUACUGACAUUCAGUGGCAGUUUGUCACUAUAUUUUAUAUAUCCAGAGCACUUUAUUGAGAGAAGGUGCUACCCUAACUGCUACUUGAACGGUUUAUGCAAUGUGUUUGCAAAUCCACUGCUCAAAAAUCAAUGUUAUUCUCGAAGAUCAACCCUUUGCUACAUUUCUCAAUGGAAAAUGGAACCUGAAGUUUCAUGUGUUAGAUGUUAGCAUGGCCUGUAAUAUGGACCGCUCAGUCCACAGAAACAAUGUCCACUGUGGACUGAUGGUCUGGCAGUGGAGUACUUGUCAUUCAUUGCUGUUACUUGCAUUGGCUUCAAGGAGACUGUACAUAAUCCUCUUCCAGAUUUACUUAUU